AUGGCCUGGCGUGUCAAAUAUGUUGAAGAGAUACGAUUUGUGUUUCACAGCCCUGUUCCUCGCCGUUCCAGUCUCGCUUUGGAACACCAGCGAGAUCGGCGUGGCCUUGAUCGACAUCUCGCGUGCCUGCUCGUCGAGGCGCGUGUCAGUGUACCGUACGAAGCUGGGGUCGAACCCCUCUGUAGCGUCUGGAUCGGGGAACCGGCUGUAGUUGAUGAGCCGAUCGCCGCAGAUGCAUAUGUUGCGUAUGAACUGCGGCUGGCGCAUCAACGUGGUCAUGAAGCCGAAGCUGAACCGGUUCCUCGGCAGCCUUUCCUCGAGGAUGUCGAAGCUCUUCGCGCUGAUAUCCUCGUCCAGGCGCUUGAUGUAGCUUACACGCUCGACGCGUGUCUCCUGCGAUUUCACAAUGGGCUCCUCGAUGGUCUGGGUGUCUUCGUGCUGGAUGAAGACCUCCACAUCCUUGAAUGGAGACUCCUCCACGGUCCCGGCAUCGUAUUCCACGACGUCAGCGGGGCCGAGGCGCGUUACCGUUUCUGCAGCCUCGGCGUCAUCGGCGGUCCCGUCGGAGUCGAUCCCACCGCCGAGAUCCUCGUCAAGGACGGGACCGAUGUAGUUCCCAAACUCAUCAUACAGCUCCUGGUCCAUUCUGAGCCCUCUGAGGUCCGCAAAAGGUCGGAUUCUGCCGAGAUUCCUAAGAAACCCUCCCCACAGGAGUCGAAUUGCCGACGUGUACUGAUCGCAUCAUUUAACCUCAACCUUCCACGUCGACGUUGA